UGUGUAGCGACCUUUAGACGAUUAUUCCCUUCCAUUGUUUUUCUGUCACUGUCACUGGGGGCACGUAACCUCAAUUGUAUAAAAAACCGUAUUUUAUUCAGUUUUUUCCAGUCGUUGUGGUUCGUGUUUGAUUUAAGUGUUUUUACUGCUAAACAUUUUUUUUAAGUUGUUGCAAAGAUGGGAUUACCUGAACCAUUGGUUAAAUUGUUCAAACACAUUGAUGAAAACAAAAAAUCAUACAUUGAUACACUUAAGGAUGUAGUAGCAAUCCAGUCUGUGUCAGCAUGGUCAGAAAAAAGAGGCGAGUGUCGCAAAAUGAUGGAAUGGGGUGCAGCCCGUUUACAAAAAAUUGGGGCUACCACUGAGCUGAAGGAGUUGGGCAUGCAAACAUUACAUGAUGGUACUUCCCUUGAAUUGCCACCUGUUCUUUUUGGACAGCUGGGAAAUGACCCUAAAAAGAAAACUGUCUUGGUUUACGGUCAUUUGGAUGUGCAACCUGCAGCAUUGAGCGACGGUUGGGAUUCUGAACCGUUCGUUUUGACUGAAAGAGAUGGAAAAUUGUUUGGCAGAGGUUCCUCAGACGACAAGGGACCAGUUUUGUGUUGGAUUCAUGCGGUUGAAGCCUUCCAAAAGACCGCAAACGAUGUUCCAGUCAACAUCAAAUUCGUCUUUGAAGGUAUGGAAGAAAGUGGAAGUGUGGGUUUGGACGAGCUAUUAAUGGAGGAAAAAAACAAAUUUUUGGCCGGUACCGAUUACGUUUGCAUUUCCGACAAUUAUUGGUUGGGAAAAAAUAAACCCUGCAUCACUUACGGAUUGAGAGGUGUUUGUUAUUUUUUCGUUGAAGUGGAAUGUUCAGUAAAAGAUUUGCACAGCGGCGUUUUUGGAGGAACAGUUCAUGAAGCCAUGUCGGACCUCGUGCACCUACUAAACCACCUUGUCGACAAAGACGGAAAAAUCCUCAUUCCGGGACUGUACAACCAAGUGGCCCAGGUAACGGAACACGAGAAGGAGAUCUACAAAAAAAUCGAAUUUUCCAUCGACGAGUACCGUUCCGACGUGGGCUGCGCCAAACUCAUGCACAACGAAGACAAAGAGAAAAUACUGAUGCACAGAUGGCGCUUCCCGUCCCUGUCCAUUCACGGGGUGGAGGGCGCUUUCAGCGAACCCGGCCAGAAAACGGUGAUUCCCAGGAAAGUUAUUGGUAAAUUCUCCAUCAGGAUAGUGCCCAAUCAGGAGCCGAAACAGAUCGAGAAGUAUGUUGUCGACCAUUUGCAGAAAGUGUGGGCUCAGAGGGGAAGUCCAAAUAAAAUGAAGGCUUUCAUGGCCGACGGUGGUUUCCCGUGGACCGAGAACCCACAACACCCUCACUACGAAGCGGCAUCCAAGGCCACUCAGCAUGUCUACAACAUCGAACCAGACAUGACACGGGAAGGAGGUUCCAUUCCCGUGACUUUGACCCUGCAAACUGCCACGGAAAAAAACGUUCUUCUGCUGCCCGUGGGCGCCGGAGACGACGGGGCGCACUCGCAGAACGAAAAGGUCGACGUCAGGAACUACAUCGGCGGUACUAAACCAUUGGGUGCCUAUCUCUAUGAAGUUUCUCAGCUUUAAGUGCCUCACAAAAUAUUUUAUAUCAAUUUCAAAACUAUGCAUUUUCAUAAUGUUUAUAACCACAUAUAUUAUUUUAAUGUUAAUUUAAUAAAAGCAUUUUAAUUUUA